AUGGAACAAGCACAUUCUGCUGAAGUCCAAACAAAAUCGAUGGGAGAAGUUGAAAUCAUCGAAUUGAAAGUUGGAUAUUUGACUCGAUCAUUACUGUGUUUCAAUGUAUAUGCGUCAAACAAAUGCAGAUUUUAA